AGUUUAUUUUCGCUUAAUCAAUAGAUCAAUACAAAAAUGCAUUCAAAAUUUAAUAUAAAAAACAAAGUUUAAACUAAAAUUACAAAAAUAAUAUGCAACCAAUAAUACACAACAGCGUAAUGAUUUCAUAAAAACUGGCAAACUGACAGGUAAAUGUGACACGUGGGGUGGUUUAUAGGUUAUGUGUGUUUUUUACCCCUUGGAGUUUUACCAAAAAUCGUUUAAAAAUCUCGAACAAGAAAACUUGUGUAUAACUAAACAAUACAUAUUUUUCACUUAAAGUUCAUUAUUAUACAAAAAACUUUCUUGUAUACUUACCAUUUUGUUGCGACAUGGCGCAAGGUAAACUAAAGACAAAAACACAACUACCCAAAAAUGUAAAAAACAAGAAAAGCGCUAAAAAAGGAAGUGCUAUUACCAAGAGAGCAAAUCGUCCAAUUCAGCCCAAAAAGAAAGGAGUUGCAGAAGCAAAGAAAUUAAAGCAAAUUGUUCAUAAAAACGUCAAUAAGGCAAUAGAAGAGGAACUUCGUUCAAGAGCCUCCAAUGAAAAUAAAUCAUUAUCUGCGGCCCAAAAGGCAGUCGUGGAAUACCAUAAGAAAAAUGCAAGUGGGCCCUCUUAAAGUUUAAAAAAUAUUUUCAGUUUUAUGUUGUAAGUAUUAUUAUUUAUUAAAAAAUAUGUAAAAAGAGA